AUCACCGACAUUAUUGACAUUGAGGAACUGAAGGACGAAUACGCUGCCCUUAAGGCACUAGAAAGGCGUCUCACGGGUCAUCUGGAGGACGUGGAAAAGUUUGAAGAGGAUCCGUGUGCUACCCAGACUCUGCUCAAUGUCUUUGCCUUUCUCAGAAAUUCACAGAUUUUUAACUACUCCUCCCAAUGUCAGAGCUAA